AAAAUAGGACAAAAACCGUUCCCAUACAUUGAUUCAUUUUGCCGUUUUUCCGCUCUCUGCGCACCAAUGGCUGAAGGUUUGAAGGACGACGCCAAACCCCAUCUAAUCUUCACCUACGGCACACUCAAACAAGGCUUCCACAACCACAAGCUAACGCAGGACCUUAUCAAUCACGACGACGCCGUUUUGUUAGGCCCCUACAUCACCCGCCAUUCUUACCCGCUCGUCUGUGGACCCUACGGAAUCCCCUACCUGAUCAACCUCCCCGGGUCCGGUCACCAGGUCAAGGGCGAGCUCUACUCCGUGUCGACCCGAGGACUCGCUCGACUCGACGAAUUGGAGGGCACGAGCAUCGGGCACUACGAGCGGCUACCUGUUGAUGUGAUGAAUGCCGACGACGACAUCGUUUCGGUGGAGGCUCAGGCGUAUUACGCGCACAGAAGCUUUGGGCCUGCGAUGUGGGAGAGAAUUGGGAAGGCGGGUUUGAGUGAGUUCACGGAGAAGGAGGCCAAAGGGUACGUGAAAAGACAAGAUAGGCCUUGCCAGGGUCGCGCCAUUCUUGAGGACGUCCGGCAUUUUGUGUCCGGAAUGUGAGGAAAAAGGCAGUUUCGGAAAGGUCAAUGUUUUCUUGCUCUGUUACAUUAAGUACGUAAUCUUUGAUUAAUUUUAAACUUGGUGAUUAUGAAUUCUUAUUGUUUAGCAAGAGAGGCUCUGUGUUAGUUGAAUUGCUCAUUUAUCUAUUUUUUUUUUUUAAUCAAUUCAGGUUUCAAUUUUUAUUUGUAUUAUUUUUGAAUUAGAGAAUUCAAGUGUGUUUAAGUGCAAAAAACCACUCAAA